CUACAGUUUGAAUGGUUUCCUGACACCGAAGACUUGAAAGAAUUCUCAGACACGUUUAAAAGCCAGUUCUGGUAUAAUUUUCAUUUAGAUUGCAUAUUUCGUCAGCUGAUAUGGACUACUCAACCCAAAGUGAGUUCAGACACCGUAAGUUACAACCCAAAGUGAGGAUGAGAGGCACACCCAUGGACUCCAGUGAGCCCAGUCUCCUCUUUGAUGACACAAGCACUGGGGGUCAGCCCUCUGGUCAUGGCAGGCAGGACAAGGCUCCGUUGGGCUAUGCAGGACAGACUCUCCUUUCAGAUCCCAUGUCCAACUUGGCCAUGGCUUAUGGAAGUAGUUUGGCCAGCCAGGGCAAAGAGAUGGUGGACAAAAAUCUGGACCGAUUCAUACCGAUAUCCAAGCUGAAGUAUUACUUUGCUGUGGACACAGUUUAUGUGGGCAAGAAGCUGGGGUUGCUAGUAUUCCCAUACAUGCAUGAGAACUGGGAGGUUAGCUACCAGCAAGAUACUCCUGUGGCUCCUCGCUUUGACAUCAAUGCUCCGGACCUUUACAUUCCUGCAAUGGGUUUUAUCACAUAUAUCUUGGUGGCUGGCUUGGCUCUGGGCACACAGAAUCGGUUUUCUCCAGAGAUCCUUGGCAUGCAGGCCAGCUCAGCUCUGGUUUGGCUUAUCAUAGAGGUGCUUGCCACACUGCUCAGUCUCUACUUGGUCACAGUCAACACAGAUCUCACCACCAUAGACCUGGUGGCCUUUGCAGGAUACAAAUACGUAGGGAUGAUAAUUGGGGUACUGGCAGGGCUGUUGUUUGGGAAGAUGGGAUAUUACCUCACCUUGUUGUGGUGUUGUGCUUCUAUCUUUGUUUUCAUGAUCAGGACGCUACGGCUGAAGAUCCUGUCCGAAGCGGCAGCCGAGGGAGUUCUGGUGCGAGGGGCAAAAAAUCAGCUACGUAUGUAUCUCACCAUGGCCAUCGCUGCGGCACAGCCUGUCUUCAUGUACUGGCUGACCUUUCACCUGGUCAGAUAAGAGCAAGACCAGUCCGAGAAAUGGCCAGGUCACAGGCACUACCUCUACCACAACCAAUUAAGACCUUUUCUCUUCUCCUCUCCUCUCUGGAGACCUGGGCGCAUUUGCACGGCAGUAAUACAGUACACGGACAGUCAUCGCUACGUCUCUGAGCACACUAAUAACUGUAAAGUCUAGCUGUCUUUUUGUAUGAUGAGCUUUUUUUUUUUUAUACAAUUCUA